UUGGUACGUCAUACUUUCCCAGUAUCAUGGCGAACGUUGAACAGUACUUGCUGGAUGAGGGUUAUGAGAAAUUCAAAGAAGCGUACAGGCUUAGUGAUAUUGAGUCUAAGAAUGACCCUGAAGAAGAGCCUUACAGAUCAAAGUAUAAGUCCAGAGAAAUAUUGAAGCAACUGCAUGAAAAGAUAUCCGACUUACGUGAUGAAAAUGAAUCUAAGGAUGACUUAGAGAAAACCAAAAUCCGACUUGGUCUUCUUGAGUAUCUGAUUGGUGUCAAUUACCUGGAUACUGAAGAAAUGUCAUCUGGAGAAGAGCACAUUAAGAAAUGCAUGGAUCUCCUGGAGAGCCACAAACUGGACAUUAAAGCAUGUAACCUAGUACAGAAUGCCUACAACCAGUUGGGUAUCUUAUGGACAACUCGCCGGCAACCAGACACAGCACUGUCAUACCUCCAGAGAUCAGAGGAUUUAUACAAACAGUUUAAGCAAGAGGUUGGAAAUGCCCCAUGGAAACUAAGUGAAUUGUUUCAGCCUGAGAGAACCAAGGAUGUUGAAAAGCUUGACAAGGAGAGAGAGGCAAACUUUGAAAGUACCUACACUCACACCUUGUACUAUUUGGCUCAAGUAUAUGCCAAGGUCGACCAGACAGAGAAGGCUGCUGUAUAUUGUCAUGACACACUGCGUCGCCAACUGGACACUGACCAGUUUGACCCCUUAGAUUGGAUGCUGAAUGCUGCAACUUUGUCCCAAUACUACAUCACACAAGGGGAAUUCCGCUAUGCUCGACACUGUCUAGCUAGUGCAAACUUUAUGUUAAGUGAAGUGAUGUCAACUCCUCCUGAAGAUGAAGCAGAGAGAGAGAAGGUGGACAAGGCAAAAGCAGACCUGGAAAGAUGCUGGUCUAAGUACUGCCUUGCCCUUAUGGAGCUUUCAAGAGAAAGACUGAUGGAUGAGGUCGGAGACAUGGAUGAAGAGCUUCGCAGGACACGAGUAGAAGAGGAGACAAAAGAGGAGACAGAUGGCAAGAAUGAAAGGGAGGAAAUGAGGGGUAAAAAAGAAGGUAACACUGUAGGGACAGGGGAUCAUAAUCAAGAUCAGGCAGAUGGUGCAACAAAUCUUAAUGGAAACGAUAUUGGAAAUAAGGACAAAACUAAAAUAGAUUUGAAAUUUAACUUAGAAGUAACAAAAUAUGAGGAACUAGUAACAGACCAGUACUUGUUGAUAUUCAGUGAUGCAAGAGAAGUUUUCCUUAAAGCUCAAAGCUGGUUGAAUUCUGCUAAAGAACUCUAUUCUCUAGAUGAUUGGUGUUCUGAUUAUGUGGAGAUCAUCCAGGAUCAGAGCAAGUUGUUCAAGGUGCUGGCUUUCUUUGAACCAGAUUUUGAAAGGCAGUGCAAAAUGCAUAAACGGCGCAUAGAUAUGCUGUCAGACGUACUUAAAGAACUUAACCCGCAGUUUUACCUGCUUGUCUGUCGCCAGCUAAUGUAUGAGCUCGCAGAAACCUACAGCUCAAUGCUGGACCUAAAGCUAGCCAUCAUAGAGGCCAGUGGAGAUCCACCAACCCAGCAUGCUGUCAAAAAAGUGAACCAGUUGAUCAGACAGAGCUUGGAGAAAUACAAUGCUUACAUCGAUUCCCUCAGGGACCCCAAGAAACAGUUGCCAGAUAAAUUUGCUGAAGAUGAUGUGCGCCCAGCCUUGAUUGCCAAGUUUUGUACUGGAAGGCUGUAUUCUAAAUUGAUUGAUCCAGACCCUGUUGAAAGGCUAAGAAAUAUGAGUUCGAGUUUAGAAUGUUACAAAUUUAUAGUUGAUUACUGUAAAAGGAAUCCUGAAGCAGUAGAGAAGGUGAAAAGUGAGCAUGGUCUCUGUGUUGAAAUGGCAACAUUACUGCCUGCAAAGAUGGAACGCUUAAGGGAAUCCACUGCAGAACUAUAAACCUUGAAAUAUCAAUAUACUUUAUCAAAUACAUUUGCACUGGAAUGUUUAUGCUUCUCUGUUGUGACCAAUGCAUACUAUGUGUGAUGUUGUCAUUCCUGUCAAUAAUGAGACAGCCUGAAGACUGAAAAACUACAUGUUGAGGAGAUUGUCAUAAUUGUGUUUCCAUUUGUCCUAUUUUCAGAAGAUAUUGCUGUUUGUAGCAUUUUAAGGAAAGUUGAAAACAAUCAAACAUUGGAACAGUAUCUUUUAUUCAUGAAUGUUAAAAGUUAGAAUCUAGUGAAUAAAUAAAAUCACAAAAACAACA